AUGACGGCGACUGGAGAAGAAGCAGCGGUCUACGGCGAUUGUCUGCCCGUGACAGUGGGACCGAUCUCGGUCGCGGCCGAGGAGAGGAAGUUCCGCGUGGAUUCGCUGGGAAAACAAGCUUGGCGGUUUUGGAAUGACAUAUUGGAAUGGGUAGUCGAUUCGGCGGAGGAGGUGCUAACGAGACAUGGCAACCAGUCAGGCAACCAGUCAGGCAACCAGUCAGGCAACCAGUCAGGCAACCAGUCAGGCAACCAGUCAGGCAACCAGUCAGGCAACCAGUCAGGCAACCAGUCAGGCAACCAGUCAGGCAACCAGUCAGGCAACCAGUCAGGCAACCAGUCAGGCAACCAGUCAGGCAACCAGUCAGGCAACCAGUCAGGCAACCAGUCAGGCAACCAGUCAGGCAACCAGUCAGGCAACCAGUCAGGCAACCAGUCAGGCAACCAGUCAGGCAACCAGUCAGGCAACCAGUCAGGCAACCAGUCAGGCAACCAGUCAGGCAACCAGUCAGGCAACCAGUCAGGCAACCAGUCAGGCAACCAGUCAGGCAACCAGUCAGGCAACCAGUCAGGCAACCAGUCAGGCAACCAGUCAGGCAACGAGAGAGGCAACCAGUCAGGCAACCAGUCAGGCAACGAGAGAGGCAACGAGAGAGGCAACGAGAGAGGCAACGAGAGAGGCAACGAGAGAGGCAACGAGAGAGGCAACGAGAGAGGCAACGAGAGAGGCAACGAGAGAGGCAACGAGAGAGGCAACGAGAGAGGCAACGAGAGAGGCAACGAGAGAGGCAACGAGAGAGGCAACGAGAGAGGCAACGAGAGAGGCAACGAGAGAGGCAACGAGAGAGGCAACGAGAGAGGCAACGAGAGAGGCAACGAGAGAGGCAACGAGAGAGGCAACGAGAGAGGCAACGAGAGAGGCAACGAGAGAGGCAACGAGAGAGGCAACGAGAGAGGCAACGAGAGAGGCAACGAGAGAGGCAACGAGAGAGGCAACGAGAGAGGCAACGAGAGAGGCAACGAGAGAGGCAACGAGAGAGGCAACGAGAGAGGCAACGAGAGAGGCAACGAGAGAGGCAACGAGAGAGGCAACGAGAGAGGCAACGAGAGAGGCAACGAGAGAGGCAACGAGAGAGGCAACGAGAGAGGCAACGAGAGAGGCAACGAGAGAGGCAACGAGAGAGGCAACGAGAGAGGCAACGAGAGAGGCAACGAGAGAGGCAACGAGAGAGGCAACGAGAGAGGCAACGAGAGAGGCAACGAGAGAGGCAACGAGAGAGGCAACGAGAGAGGCAACGAGAGAGGCAACGAGAGAGGCAACGAGAGAGGCAACGAGAGAGGCAACGAGAGAGGCAACGAGAGAGGCAACGAGAGAGGCAACGAGAGAGGCAACGAGAGAGGCAACGAGAGAGGCAACGAGAGAGGCAACGAGAGAGGCAACGAGAGAGCAAAGGGUAACAAUAUGUUUACAUGCGAGGAGCCUCAUGUUGGUUUAGCACAGCCGGCACGGUAA